GGCCAGCCAAUGGUCGAGGGGGAAUGUCACCAAGGCGGUGGGUCUUGGGGCGAAUGACGGGCCGUGCGGCCAAUGGGAGGAGCCGCCGCGCCGCAGGCCACGAGGCCGCGACAGCCAAUCGCAAAGCGGGAAAUCACAGGGCGGAAGGGGCCCAGCGCAGCCAAUCGGCGGCGCGAUGAGUGGCGCGGCGCGAGGCCUCGCGGCCACUCACGGGAGGUGCUGCGCGCGACCUCUGACCCCGCGGAGCGCGAGGGGCGGGGCCGGGACCCCCCGGCUGACAGGGAACGGCCGCGACCCCCCCGACCCACAGAUAGAGUCUGACACUCGGAGGAGACAAGGACAGUAUGACCAUGCGUGUGCACGGGGUGAUCGUGGUGUUGGGAGCCCUCCUGGUCCUGGCUACGGCUCAGCGUCGAGAUGGUGGCCAGAGCCGUGGCCAGAGCCAGCCCUGGCGCGGGCAGCCGGCACCUUUCCGCAGCUGGGACUCGGAGCGGUACCGGCCAUGGCAGGAGCAGCAGCAGCGGGACUGCUGGCGAGGUGGCGACGUUGCCUUCGACAUCAGCAGCGACGCUCCCACUAUGGUGGGCGCCAAGGCCACAUUCUCCAUCGCCGUCCGUUUCCCCCGCACGCAGGCCGUGCUGCCUGACGGCCGCAUUGUCUGGAACCAGAACUGCACCGUCAACGGCACCCGCGUAGCCCAGGGAGAGCCCGUGUUCCCAGAGCAGGCAGCCGGGGGGACUGACGGAGUGUUCCCUGACGGACGGCCGUUCCCCACCAGCGCUGCUGGCAAGCGCGAGAAGUUUGUCUACGUCUGGUGGACGUGGGGCCGCUACUGGCAGGUGGUGGACGGUGCAGCAUCGCAGCUGACGGUGGACACAGCAGGAGUGCCGCUAGGCUCCUACACCAUGGAGGUCGUCGUCUACCACUAUCGCGGCCGCCAGAAGUUCAUUCCCAUUGGCCACACCAGCACCCAGUUCAGCAUCACGGACCAGGUGCCCUUCACCGUGGAUGUGACGCAGGUGCAAGAUGUGGCAGAGGGCGACAGGCGCUUCGUGCGUAACCGUGCUGUGGCCUUCACCGUGCGGCUGCACGACCCCAGCCACUACCUGCACGAUGCCGACAUCUCCUACUCUUGGGACUUUGGGGACCAGAGUGGGACUCUAAUCUCCCGCAGCCCCGCUGUCACCCACACUUACAUGGAGGCUGGGUCCUUCGCUGCCCGCCUGGUGCUGCAGGCUGCCAUCCCCCUCAGCCCAUGCGGCACCUCUGCAGCCCCCAUCGUGGACCCCACCACUGGGCCACAGCCGUCGGCAGCACCUACGGCCACGCAGCCUGUCAGCACCACACCAGGAGGGCAGAGCACCACCGGGGCACCCAGCACCGUACCUGCAGCCUCUGGCUCGCCAGCAGAGCCCACAGGAGGAUCAGCGGCUGCACCUGCUGAUGCCGCCGUUGCCGAGACCUCAGACCCCACUGUCACUGAGCCUGUCCUGGGACUCAGCACCCUGGCAGAUGCUGCCACUGGAGCUGCGGGUACGGACUCUGCUGCCGUCUCUGCCUUGGCAUCCACAGACCCUCUGCUCCUCACCUCAGUGGCCCCAGCUGGGGAUGCACUGGGCACCUCUGCCCCCACAGCUAUGGCUGCAGGUACAAUGACAGCUGGAGCCACUGCGGGAGCCACAGCUGAAUCCCUGGUUGAAGCCACAGCAGGAGCCACAGCUGGAGCGACAGUGGGAGCAGCCAUGGGAGCCACAUCUGUAUCCCUUGCUGCUCCCACAGCUGGAGCCACAGCUGCUCCCGCUGGCACGGAUGAGCCUCUGGUGCUUGUGAAGCGCCAGGCACCAGCAGCUGAGCCUGUUGGCUGCAUCCUGUACCGCUAUGGCACCUUCUCCACUCAGCUCGACAUUGUCCAGGGGAUCGAGAGCGUGGCCAUCGUGCAGGUGGUGCCAGUGGUGCCGGAGGGCAGCGAAAGCAGCGUGGAGCUGACCGUGACAUGUGAGGGAAGCCUGCCCGAGGAGGUGUGCACCGUGGUGGCAGACGCCGAGUGCCAGGCAGCACAGAUGCAGACGUGCUCGACCGUGGCACCAGCCCUGGGCUGCCAGCUCGUCCUGCGCCAGGACUUCAACCAGUCCGGCCUCUACUGCCUCAAUGUCUCCCUGGCCAACGGCAACAGCCUGGCUGUGGCCAGCACCCGUGUCGCCAUUGGAGGCGCUGCCCCAGCUCCCAGCAGGACCACGCUCUUCUUGGGGCUGGUGCUCAUCGCUGCCGCCCUUGGCACUGCUGCCUACACCUACAGACGUGUGAAGUACAGCCCACUGCUCACCACAGCCUCCCCAGCCCCCCAGCCCCGGGGCUGGCUGCCCCCUAGCUCUACCCUCCGCCUCCUGCUGCACCAGGCUUUCGGCGGGGGGCCCAGCAGCGAGAGCAGUCCCCUGCUCCGCGCCAACACCGUCUAGGACACCUCCCACCCUGUGCCACCCCCCACCUGGCCCGAGCCCCCAGGACCAGGGGCGGGCACAGGAGGUGGGGUAGGGGGUGCGUGGCCCCAGCCUCACCACCACUGAUUAAAGGCUCAGCUCCGUUGGGGC